AUGGCGGACGAAACAAUAACACACAGGUUAUUUGGGGCCCUCAACUUGGAGGACUUGAUAGAGGCGGAGCUUCUACUAAAUGAGGGUGCCAAUCCAAAUGCAGUACUGCCUGUGGAGGGUGUGGCUUGUAUACACAUUGCCUCAGGACUUGGGUUGGAGGCCACUAAGCUCCUCCUUCAAUAUGGUGGAGAUCCAAAUAUCAGAUCAGUAGAUGGUACCACACCAAUGCAUGUAUCUGCCACGUGGGGCGACCAAGACAGUCUACGAAUCCUCCUACUCAAUGGUGGUGAUCCAUUAGCUCGAGAUCAGGAUGGAAGCAGUGUACUAGAUAGCGCUCAGACCUAUGGACACACCACUUGUGUCCGUCUGCUCGAGUUCUGCACGCUGUUGCUAUCUCCUGAUGUCGACAGCUCCAGGCAGCCCAAAAUCAUCUACAAGCCGUGUGAAAGCAGUGAUGACUUCCAUUUACAAACAAGUAAAAAGUGUCAGUCAGAUCGUGACAAGAUCUACCAACACAUGAAAGACGACCCCCUUUAUCUAGACGAUUUCCUGGAAUGGGCAUUUGACCAGGAGGGAAGCACUUAUACAGAUCAAAUCAACCAACACCUGAAUUCAUGUUUGACCGGGCACAGACAGCUCUCCUGUGAUGUCACCUCACCAGAUCACCCCUUUCUGGAGCAAAAGAACCAAAGUCGAGACAUCGACCUUUCAGGACAAACAGACACAAACGACUUAGGAUUUGUUCAGAACUCGUGCCAUGUCCACUGGGCAGACGACCUGACACAGACUUUGCCCUGGAAUGCAGUCUUAAAUGAUUCAUUGACCAGUUCAACUGAUGAUGACACUUUCCUGUCCUGCUCAAGUGGACCAAGUCCUACUCGCACCGAUACAGUGUCAGCAAAUGGUCAGGGGCAGACAACUCAUCACAGUUUCUUUUCUACAAUUCUGGAUGAAAAAGUAGGUGGAAAAUCAAAGUCAUCGGCUGGUCAGGAAUAUUUUAGGAAGAUAAAUGGACAAUCUGGUGACUGGCACUCACAUGACAAUCAGUCUAGGAAAUCUUGUUUAAAUACAGAGAGUGGACGUUCUUGUACUUCUCCUGGACAGAAUCAAUCUAUGAAAACAAAUGAAAAAACUUUUAUUAGACACUCCGGUUGUUUAUAUGGGCAGAAUCCUGCACAGGGCAAGAAAAGUUACAAUGAGAAUGAAUAUCAUGGACAUGAAGGAAACUAUUCCUGUGGAAAACCUACCAAAGAACAAUCUGGUAUGUUGCCCAAAGAAAACAAGUUAUGCCGUGGAACAGUGAAUAGGCAGUCUCCAAACCUGUCUCGCGAGGAUAGAAUAUUUCACGAAAAAUAUGCGAACCAACGAAAACAGAAAAACACAGAGACAACUUCUAGAGAAUCUUGGAGAACCUAUGGAAACGUUCCAACACCUUCAAACAAACUGAACGACAAAACAUGCGGAACCUGUAACAGGGCUCGGGGAAGAAGCGCAGUAAAAAGUGAAAAUAGUUCACCGUUGCAGAGUCUCGACCAAAAAAAGGUGAGAUGUGAGAGAAAAGUCCAGAACUGGCUGAACAGUGCCGAUCCACAGAGGCAGCUGGUUGAUAAUAUGCGAAGGAUAAGUCUUGAAUCCAAAGAAAACCACAUAUGGCAACCCCCUACCAUGCCAGUGGACCAAAAUGCCAGUGACUUGAUUUCAUCGGACGAGAGCUUCUGUCAAAGGCAUCCAAAGAAAACGUCAGAAAAUCGGAUGUCAUCGCUCAAGGAAGUUGUCAAUGAUUCUCUCCUUACAGAUCUGGACGACACAAUUUCUUACGACAGUAGACGUGAAUCUGAAACUCAAAGUUCUUCCAAAACGUCAACUGUUACAGAAGAUGUUCGAGAUUCUGUAGUUGUUGAUUCUGACGAUACUCUGCUAUAUGACGAUGACCAAACAUCGAUUACAGAUUGUGACAUUCUGAACCAAAGUUUUGGGCGGCUGUCAUUUGACAGUGCCGCUACGGUGGAGUAUGUGUACAGUGACCCAGAGGAAGGUAUUGUCUUAGUGGAACGCAGAAUCCCGUCACAAUGUGGCAGCACUAUACAGCGUCUGUCCUUGGAUAGCACAAGUACGACACACACAUUAGACUCCCAGGCCACACAGACCUACAGCUGGAAAUCCCUGUGUAAAAAUCACCAACGGAAAAGUGACGCUUCAGAGCUAGACGGAAUAUGUUCCGAGAAAGAGGAUGAAAUCCCACCCUGUCUAAGGAGUCUUAGUAAUGAUGAUAUUCGUAGUAGAUUACAGCUCAUGGGAGACAAUCCUGGACCGGUGACGCCCGGCACAAGGCAGACUUACCUGUUGAGGUUACAACGAGUGGAGAGUGAUCCUCAGAUAGUGUUAACUUCAAAACACCCAGGUUACUCUAGUGCCUUGAAUGCAGCACUAGAUGGUAACUAUGACAGCAGUAUAGCUGCUGACCUAGAAACCAAGAUGGUGGCAGCCUUCCAGAAUCCCAGGCAGGCUUGUCGCUGGAGAGAGGGAACCAUGAAGUCAUCUUUUAAUUACCUUCUGCUUGAUCCACGCAUCACCAAGAAUCUGCCAAAUAGAAGCUGUUCUCUUAGUGAACUGGACACUUUCCGGACGUUCGUCUCUGCCAUUUUUUACGUGGGUAAGGGUAAACGGGCUCGUCCAUACUGUCACCUGUAUGAAGCCAUCAACCAACUGAAAUCACCCAAACCCAAAGUUAGUGAGAAGAUUGAACGCAUCCUAGACAUCUGGGGUUCUGGGGAGGGUGUGGUGUCUCUCCACUGUUUCCAGAGCGUCAUACCGGUGGAGGCCUACACCCGAGAGGCCUGUAUAGUGGACGCUUUGGGUCUGUCAAAUUUGACAAACAAGAAAAGGGGAGAUUACUACAGUGUGUCAACUACGUGGUCUAACAAACAAAGACAACAGGUGGGGGUGUACCUCCUGAAGAAGGCCCUUCAGAUAUUCCUGGGGGAAGGUGAAAGGCAAAUAUCACCACCGGACAUUAAAGUUGGAGCAUAAAUCUAACCCCUUAUAUCCUGAUCUUGGUGGGGUAAGGAGAAGGGUGGUUAUAACUCCACAUACAUUACAGAUCUGUACUGGAAAAGAAGAGCAACAGAUUCAUUUUCUCACAUCAUGGUGGGAUUGUAAAUUGUUGACAUCACAGAUGUUCAUUGAAUAGGAGUAGCGGAAGACAUGAAAGUUAGAAAAGAAAGUUUAAACCCAGCCCUGAGAUCUACUGUCAUCACAAAUUAAAACCAUGAACCAAUAUCAGCAAAGUAUGGUCAUCACAGGAUCAUGAACCACCAUCAUCAUCACAGGGUCUUGAACCAACAUCAUCAUCACAGGGUCAUGAACCAUCAUCAUCACAGGGUCAUGAACCAACAUCGUCACAGGGUUAUAAACCAACAUCACAGGGUCAUAAACUGUGCAUGCUAUUAUCAUCACAGGGUCAUGAACUGCCAUCAUCAUCACAGGGUCAUGAACCAACAUCACAGGGUCAUAAACUGUGCAUGCCAUUAUCAUCACAGGGUCAUGAACUGCCAUCAUCAUCACAGGGUCAUGAACCAACAUCAUCAUCAAAGGGUCAUGAACCAACAUCAUCAUAGGGUCAUGAACCAACAUCACAGGAUCAUGAACCAACAUCAUCACAUGGUCAUGAACCAACAUCAUCAUCACAGGGUCAUGAACCAACAUCACAGGGUCAUGAACCAACAUCAUCAUCACAUGGUCAUGAACCACCAUCAUCAUCACAGGGUCAUGAACCAACAUCAUCAUCGCAGGGUCAAGAACCAACAUCACAGGGCUAUAAACUGCUAUCAUCAUCACAGGGUCAUGAACCAACAUCAUCAUCACAGGGUCAUGAACCAAUAUCAUCAUCACAGGGUCAUCAAUCACUAUCUUCACUUGAUUUUAAUAUGAAUCACCAUCAUCAAAUUAGAGUAAUGCUCAGGAUGAAA